CACUAACUCUUCAGCCCUGCUCAACCUACAUGCUUUUUACUAACUGAGCAGUCAGACGUCCAGUAAAAAAGCAUCUUGCUGCCUACUGUUGCUGUGUCCUUUUGUAUACCUGUUGCUGUGAUGGGAGGCAGAUUCCCAGUUCUUUCAGCUCUUCCUCUGUGGAUGAGCUUUGGCAGUGCUACGGCCCUGGGUGAGUCUCAGAUCUGCUAUAUCCUGGACGCUAUCUUGUUUCUGUACGGUAUCAUCCUCACCGUGCUCUACUGCAGGCUCAAGUUUUUCCCACAGAUGGUUCCGGUGACUGGGGCUGGGACAGAAAAGCCAGCGAAACCGGAGGAGGGUAUCUAUACGGGUCUGACCCCUCGUGCUGUGGAUACCUAUGAGACCAUCGGUCAGAAGAAAAGAUUGAAGUAGCAGAGGGUGAAGAGUUAGAGAAGUCAUCUGUCAAAUCACUUUUGUCUCCAAGAAUUUCCCAGGCCUCUUAUGUAUUUUAUUUAACAUAGCUUUUAAUGUUUUGAGAGAAAAUGUAUACAUUUUUGAACAUUUACUUGCAUAUGUGUGAACCUCCUUUGUAUGUGUCGUAAGAGAGAGAAAUGUGAGAAGAUUAAAGGGGAAGUAGAGCUGUGGGUAAAAAUGCCCCACUUUUGACAGUGUGUAUGUCUUCUUUGUAUGCUACUUAUACUAAAGUUUCUUAGAUUUAGCUUGAGAUUGAUGUUUUUGGUAUUUUCAAAUAUUUUUCUAUAUAGAUCAAUACAGUUUUAGCAAAUAAUAUACCGCUUUUUUACUCUUGA